GGCGAAGGCGGAAGUGCGCGGCGGGGGCGCGCGGGCGGCGGCGGUGCCCCCUCAAUGAGAGCCGGGGCGMGGCGGCAGCGGGAGCAGCGGGGCCGGGGGGCACAGCCGAGACGGGAGCCGGGCUGGAGCCGCCGCGCAAAGCCGGGCCUUAGCCCCGAGAUCUAAUUGGUUGCCUGGCACUUUGUCUGCAGCAAGCAGGACGAUGGCUGCCAGCAAGAGCAAGAACCAGAGUUCCUUGGCCCUCCAUAAAGUGAUUAUGGUUGGCAGUGGAGGUGUGGGCAAAUCUGCACUYACACUUCAGUUUAUGUAUGAUGAGUUUGUAGAAGACUAUGAACCUACCAAGGCUGACAGCUACAGAAAGAAAGUAGUUCUGGAUGGUGAAGAAGUUCAGAUAGAUAUUCUGGACACAGCRGGACAGGAGGAUUAUGCAGCUAUCAGAGAUAACUAUUUCCGCAGUGGGGAAGGGUUUCUUCUYGUCUUUUCAAUAACAGAGCAUGAAUCCUUCACAGCAACAGCAGAGUUUCGGGAGCAGAUCCUGCGUGUGAAGGCUGAAGAGGAUAAAAUCCCUUUACUGGUAGUGGGAAAUAAAUCUGACCUGGAGGAGCGCAGACAAGUGCCUGUAGAAGAGGCUCGAAGUAAGGCAGAAGAAUGGGGGGUGCAGUACGUAGAAACCUCUGCCAAAACUAGAGCGAAUGUAGAUAAGGUAUUCUUUGAUUUAAUGAGAGAAAUAAGAGCAAAGAAAAUGUCAGAAAACAAAGACAAGAAUGGCAAGAAAAGCGGCAAGAACAAGAAAAGCUUUAAAGAAAGAUGUUGCUUACUGUGAUGCUUUGGAACUGUAAAUAUCUAUCUACAGGUGGCAUGGAUAAAAUACCACUAAGGAUAUAGGGCUGGAUUCAUGAAAGGAAGUCUGUAUUGACUCCUUUAUCUUUUGCUUUGCAUAUCACACCUUCAAAAUGUGAAAACAGAACUUUGCAACCAUUUUCAAUAUCCAACAAAACCUUUGCCUACUUAAACUGAAAUAGGCUUCAUCUUCCAACUUUCCAAACUAGAAACAGUUUCAGAACUACAAUCCUUCUGCUUGGUUACACAAUGUACUUUUGUAUUAACUUCCUUCUAAUGUUUCUCUGUGUUUCUCUUGAACCUCUACUGGCCUUAACAAGCACAGCUGUUCAGGUUCAAACACUUYUUCCCGCUGUUGCUGCCCUCCUUGAUGGUGCAAACUUCAGAAAGGCUAGAUGACACCUGGUAAAGGGUUUGAGUCUCCAUCUUCUCUUAGUUGUCACUGGUAUUUCUUACACUUGAAAUCUGCUGACUUCCUCCCCACACUCCAUGUAAGAAAUAGCAACUGACAGUUGAGAGCCAACUCAAAACAACUUUCUUCUGUUUAGUCAAUACAGCAUUCAUGAAUCAAGCCUAUGGACUCAAUUCAGACUCAUUUAGGCAAUGCAAAAACUGAUAUUUAAAUACAGGCUAGAUGCAUUCCCUUCUGGGGUCUGUCUUCUCAUCCUUAAAUUAGUGGUAUGGGGUGAGAAAAUGACUGUAAACCUUUCUUCAAAAGGAAUAGUAUUAUCACCAUCUCCCUGAAAUGCUGUCCUAGGUUUCUUCCAUGUAUUGUCUCCACUCAGUUACACUCUACAUCUAUCAUCUUUCCCUUCUCUUGUACUGGAGUGGAAAUAGGUGUUGAUUUAAUCAGUUAUGUUUAUAUUGGAACACUUGUGAUGAUAAUGUUGGAAAGUGAGAACAUCUGCAUCUGUCUCUUGUCUUGUUGAAGAUGAAAAUGUUGAAUAAGGGUGGGUCCCAUCACACAAUCAUGACUUGGAAUAGGUGAGGCAUAUAUGCUACCUCUCAAUGAUUACUUGGCUAGUGAGCUGUAUGGUGUCAAAAAGCAAAUGAAGUUAAGCAGUUGCCCCAUCUAUUACUCACUGUUAAUUUAAUAUGUACUGUUUCUGAUGCACAGCAACCUAGCACGUGGUGAGUUUUGCUGUCAGUUAUGCAAUGGUGGUCAUGUAGUGUUCAACAAAAACAGUCCAGAAGUGGAAAAGUCAGUGCUUAGCAGGUUCUGUUGUCAGCUGACUGAAAUGAACUUUCUGAUGCAGUUUAAAUUAAGUGCAGUUGCCAAAAGUCACUUCUGUCACUGUGGAAAAGAACUCUUCCCUGGUUGUGGAGUCUGUCAAUGAAUUAUGGCUAUCUUCUGCCUUGAAGGAGUAGAGAAACUUGAAGAGUGACUGUAUCUUGCUUGUAACUGGAUGCUUAAAACACACUUGCUUGGUGAAAGUAAUCUAAGUGGUUGUUCAAUGAAAGCUCACUGCAGCACUAAAUUAACAAAUAGUGUUUCUUCCUGAGAUGAAGGAGUAGUGAAUACUGUUCAGUACUUAGUGUUGUAAUUUGAGGUUGAAAAAUAUUUUUUAACAUGUACUAGACUGCUUUUGUGCAUUCCAUCUCUGAACAUUGAAAAAAGAUGUGAUCUAUAUCAGAUCCUCUGUUGGCCUGAGGUUUCACAGGGACUUACCACGAACCAUUGUCUUCCAUAACUAGUUCAUCUUGUCAGGCAACUCAUUGGAUUGGGGAAACUGUACUAAAUAAAAGGUGCUGUAAUCUUCAUUCUUGUCAAAUUAAAUUCCUUCUUUGUUACUGUUCUGGGCAGAAAGAAUGGUUAACUAGUUCUGGAAAUGCUUCUCUGUUUACAGUAUAAUUAAUGGUGAUGUUGGCUUUGUAAUACCAAUACUGUUUURAAGCAGAAGCUGGAAGCCUGCUGGCUUACAGAACUUGUCACWUGAGCUGUGUCACCUGUGUUUAAAGCCUGAGCACCAAAUAGGACACUGGGAGCUGUAAUACUUCCAACAAAGUUUCCUCUUGAACUUGUGUGGAUGGAAGUCCAUUUCUGCAUGUAUAUUGUGCAUAUAUCAAAUUCAUGUCUCCUUCUGGAGGAAGACAGCUCACUUAGGUUUGGUUUUAGUUGAGACUUAACCUUUAAGUCCUUAAUUAACCUAAAGGAUAAACAGCAGUUGAGUUCACAUUACAAGCUUAUCUAGGUCAAGCCCCUCUGAGGCGGGCUGUAAAAUGUGUCUAACAAAACUGAAUAAACUGUCCUUUCUGUAUGAAUAAUGAAUUCAGCAAAGCUCACAAAGAGCAGCUCAGCUGUAAUGGCUCAAGAUGCCUUGACCUUUGAUCUCUGCUCUUAGAGUACCUGACAGUAUUUGAUAGGACAGAUGAAUUUCUUCUCAGAACAGCGAGUCUCCCACUGGCGUUCUUACAGUCCACGUACUGUUUUCACUCAGGUUUUGUUUUUUCCAACUGAUAAAGCUAUGCCACUGAGGUGAACUUACUUGGGAGAAGGUGCUUGCUGCUUCAUGGCUUGAUGUUGCAUCUCUUCAGUGUUCUGUGCUUGUCACCUGCUCCAGAAAGACCAGGCCUGGAGACUAAAUGCAGCAGCUUUUCAGUAUUCCUUUUCUGUACUUGUGAAAAACUCAGUUUAACUUGCCAGUUACAGCUGAAAACACAAUAAACAAAGCAGCUACCUUGCCUAUGUUGGAACAGUGAGCAACCAGCAUUCUGACUGGUACCAGGAAGG